CUGGGCUGGUUGUCCCACCACUCGUUGCUCUACGACUGGUUUCUUCCUUCGUCUUGGUGCUGCUCCCGUUUCUUGGUGUACGAAGAAACAGCAGGUCGUCGCGCGUUCUUCAGCUGAGGUCGAGUAUCGUUCCAUGGCCAGCAUUGUCACCGAGAUCAUUUGGCUGCGUUGGCUCCUCUCAGAGCUGGGUGCUCCCCAGUUUGGCCCGACGUCUCUUUACUGUGACAACCAGGCUGCUCUCCACAUUGCGACUAACCCAGUUUUCCACGAACGCACCAAACACGUGGAAAUGGACUGCUAUUUCAUUCGCGAGCAUGUGCAAUCUCAUGACAUCUCUCCUCGGAAGAUCGCUACUGCUGAGCAACCUGCUGAUCUCUUCACAAAAGGGCUUGGCGUUGAUCAUUUUCAUCACCUGUUGUCCAAGCUUGGCAUGUUCGAUCUUCAUGCCUCCGCUUGAGGAGGAGUAUUGCGGUUUGUCCGGUUCCUCUAGUCAGCGAGUCAGCUAAACCGGGCCGGCCGCAUGUGUGAACCCUAAUUCCCUCCAUCUCGUCUUUACUUAGGGAAUUAGGUUUAGUCAUUGAGAUAUGUAAAUAGGCCUAGUACUGGUCGAUGGCCGAAUAUCUUGUAAUCGUCAGAAUUCACAAUCAAUAAAAGAAUCGAGAGCCCUGGCUCUCCGUGGAGUAGUCUCGUUCACAUUGAACGGGGAAACCACGUAAGUCGAGUGUUGUGUGAUUGGUUUAUGUUAUCGUAGUAUCGAUUUUAUUACACAAAGUGAGUAGAUUUGUGAAAGCUCAGUGGAGCGAAAAGGAACAAAACUCACUCAAAUAGAGAGAAAGAGGUGAGCACUUCCCAAAAAAUACUCCAUCUGAGGGCUCAAGAUAGGGUGCAUAACUAAAUCCGCACCAUUCAUUUAGAAAAUCCUGAUCUAAGGAUGGAAAAUUAAAAGUCAUUUUUAUUUUUCUUUAUCGGCUCAUAUCUUCUUCGUUUUAACUCUGAUUAAUUUUUUUUUUUGCACAGAUGGAACGUGUUCGUUGUGCUCUACAAAAUGAGAUACAUUUUCAAUAUUUUUUUAGAAAAUUUUUUUUUCUUGCCUCUCGGUACCAACUGCAUACCAUAUGGUAUCUUCUUCGUUUUCAAUUCAUUUUUUGAAAACGUUUGCACAGAUGGAACGAGUUCAUCAUGAUCUAUUGGAUCUACAAAUUUCUGGGUGAACAAUUUACAGGAUCAAAAAAUACCACACAAUACCAUACAAUACCACACUGGUACGGGGUGGUAUCUUGUGGUACACAAUGUUAAAAGUCAUAAAUGACAGUUAAUAUACUUCUACUAUCAUGUAUUCAACCAUCCUACAGUCUUGGUUUGUUCAUUCAACCGUGGUACGCUUUUCAAACAAUAGGUAUGCUCUUAUUUCAAUACCAUAUGAUGAUACAGACUGGUAAAAAACGGGUCAUUUUUUUGUUCUAAAAAUAUAUCAAAGUGGAUAUAAUUUUGAAGAGCACAAUUAAUCUGAUCUAACUGUGCAAAAAAAAUUAAAUUUCGACUUAAAACGAGUGAGAAAUCAUCCAUCAAAGAUUAAAGAGGGGAAAAUUAAAGGCUUUCCAUGAGAAAGAGAGAUGCUGAUGUGGACGGAUUACUCAUGGUUACUCACCAUAAUGUUACUGACCUGAUCCGUUCCCCAAUCUGUUUCUAUUUGAGUGGAAGCAGAGAAAAGCAAAGGGAUGACCUCCUCCAAAACAAUACAAGUCAAAUAGUCCCAAAAAAAUACAAAUUUCUAUCACAACUUCAUAAGGGAUAUAAGCGAUCCUUUAAGGCAAAAACAGAAUUAAUGAAUACAACAAUAAAAAAUAUUGUAGAAAACAAAUACAGUUGAUGAUCAAUUCUCAAAAGUCAAAUUGUAAAAGUUGAUGUUUUGGGAUGCAAAUAAAAGACAAUAUUUUGGAGAAGGAGCAGUCAUCUUAGUAUUUUGGACAUUAGGUUAGCCACUACUAGAAUAUGACCCAAAGAAGCUCUAAAGCCUUAAAUGGAAUAGAAAGCUAGAUUCGAGAAGGAAAGGUCAGGCUGGCGAGUUCGGGUUGGGUUCAAUCGGUUUUCGGGUUCAUCGAGUUGCAAGUUUAUCGGGUUCGGAUUCGGUUUUAAAUGAGUUGCGGGUUCAUCGGGUUCCGGUUCAAUCGGGUUGUAGGCAAAUCGGGUUGCGGGUUCAUCGGGGUUUGGGUCGGACGGGUUGCAGGCAGAUCAGAUUGCGGGUUGUUCGGGCCAGCGCAUCGAGUAACUUACUCCUCACUCGUUACCAACUUAGAUAUUUUAAAAUAUUGUUCUCAAUUUUAACCAAUUUUUUCCUACCUCGUAUAUAUACUUGAUUAAAAAGAAAAACUAGUCAUAAUGUUAAAUCAAUUUGUACGACUUGCAAACUUGUAAUGUAAUUAAUCGUAUUUGGUAAA